AUGAUCUACCGGCGUCGGAGUAAACAGAAUCUCACCGUAACGGUCAUCCUCAUCUUCCUCGGCUACUUCGUCUACAACCGGUUCCUUCGCGGCCCAAUUCACCCUCCAGAGCCCGUUCGCGGCCAGCCUCCCAAGGAAGGCCAACAACAUUGGGCCAAGCACGAGUACAACUACCCUGUCGAUUCCUAUCUCGCAUUGCCGACCAAAUACGCUCGCCUCCCCAAGAUCCAACACGAUUUCCCGGGGGAAUCAUGGAUCCAACGAUCCGCACGAGUCAAGAAGCAGAAUGCAGUCAAGGAGGCGUUCCUGCACGCGUGGAAUGGAUACAAAACACAUGCAUGGUCUCGGGAUGAAGUCUCCCCAGAAAGUGGUGGGUUUCGGGACCCCUUCAGUGGGUGGGGAGCCACGCUGGUCGAUUCGCUGGACACUCUGAUUAUCAUGGGACUGGAUAAGGAAUUCAAAGAGGCCCUCAUGGCUCUGGAGGAUAUCGACUUCACCAUCACCAGACAGCGCGAUAUCAACGUCUUCGAGACGGUCAUCCGAUAUGUGGGUGGUUUUUUGGCGGCGUACGACCUGAGCGAGGGCAAACAUCCAAUCCUCCUCAAAAAGGCCGUUGAGCUCUCAGACAUGCUGUACGAUUGUUUUGACACGAAAAACCGAAUGCCGCAGGCGCGUUGGAACUGGGCCACGUCUAUCAAAGGCGGAGAACUUCACCCGGGUACCUCCACCGUCAUGUCAGAGCUUGGUUCUUUUUCGGUGGAAUUCACCCGUCUCACGCAACUGACCGGCGAUCUGAAGUACUACGAUGCGGCCCAGCGGAUUAUGAACGAGCUGGAUCGCGCCCAGGAAACCACCCACUUGCCUGGGUUGUGGCCCAAGUUCGUUGAUGCGAACUCACUGAAAUUCGAGCGAAAUGAUUUCGGCAUCGGCGCCUGUGCGGAUUCCACCUACGAGUACCUUCCCAAGCAGCAUAUCAUGGUUGGAGGUGCAAGCGACCAGUACCGCCGAAUGUACGAAUCCGCCAUGGAUCCGAUCAAAAAGCACAUCGUCUUCCGCGCCAUGACCAAAGAUGAGGACCAGCACAUUUUGUUCCCCGCCGAUAUCAAAGUCAAUAGCGCCAAGGGGACCAUUUCAUCGCACAUUUACACUGCAAUGCAUCUCAGUUGUUUCAUCGGCGCGACCAUCGGCCUCGGCGCAAAGCUUUUCAACCGUCCAGAGGAUAUGUACUAUGCUCGUGGACUGACCGAUGGCUGCAUCUGGGCUUACGAUGUGUUCCCCCACGGCGUUAUGGCCGAAGAGUUUAAAGUGGUUCCUUGCGACAACAUGGACAGCUGUGCUUGGGACGAGAAGAAGUGGUUAGAUACAAUUUCCUCCGAUACCGACUAUGCAAGAAGCAGAGUCAAAACCGAGAAACUCCCGCCGGGAGUCAUCAACGUCCAGGAUUCGAACUACAAACUCAGACCCGAGGCCAUCGAAUCCGUCUUUUACAUGUGGCGCAUCUCGGGAGACCAGUUCUACCAGGACGCCGCAUGGCGCAUGUUCAAGAACAUCGACGCGAUCACCCGCACCAAAUUCGGCCACUCCGCCGUUUACGACGUGCGUGAUGAUGAGCCCAGGAAAAAAGAUGAAAUGGAGAGUUUCUGGACUGCCGAGACGCUCAAGUACUUCUAUCUCACCUUUUCGGAUCCCAAUCUCGUGAGUCUCGAUGACUACGUCUUCAACACUGAGGCACAUCCUUUCCGACGGCCCACUUCUUCGCUAUAG